GGGGCGGGCUCUUGGACCGCUGUGAUGAUGUGGUGCAUCUGAGUCCCAAUGCUCGGCUUCCGCAUGGCUUUCUUUCUGUGAUCUGGACGGGGCGGUCUGUUUUACCACCAUGUCUGCAUCCUGAUACUGUAUAUACACAUAUAUAUUUUGUUAACUGUGAAAGUCAAGUACAGCAGCUGGUGUUAUCGGUUACCCAGCUUGCAUAUUCAUUCCACCAGUCCAGCACAGUGCGAUUCCCUGCUAAACUGGUUCGCUGCACUGGGAAUGGAGAAUGGAUUUUGGGUUAUUUGAUUUACUUCAGUUACUGGGUGCCUUGGUAGUGAUCAGUUUUUUGUUGAUCUUGCUUACAGCACAUCUCAGUGCCUCCAAAAUGGUCGGAUUCAGACGCCACGAAAAGGAGAAAUAUUUCCUUACCGAAGAAGGCAAAAGGGAAGAAUUUCCCUUCCUGCAGACCCCACACUCUCGGGAACUGACGGUGGUUGUGCCCUCUUACAACGAACAGCUGAGACUACCUGUGAUGAUGGAAGAAGCUAUGGAAUACCUGGAGAACAGACAGAAGCAGCAGUCGUCAUUCACCUAUGAAGUCAUUGUGGUUGAUGAUGGUAGUAAAGAUAAGACUACAGAGGUGGCCUUGGGAUACACUAAGAGGUACGGUGCCAGUAAGGUCAGGGUUCUAACCCUGGUGAAGAACCGUGGCAAGGGUGGCGCUGUGAUGAUGGGCACACUGAGCUCUCGGGGGAAGCUCAUCUUGAUGGCGGAUGCAGACGGCGCUACAAAGUUCCCAGACCUGGAGAAGGUGGAGGCUGCACUCCAGGAUAUCAAGCCAAAACCGGAGAACAUGGCCAUUUCCUGUGGAUCCAGGGCACAUUUGGAGAAGGAGUCUGUAGCUCAGCGCUCUGCGUUCCGGACUUUCUUGAUGUACGGGUUCCACUUCCUUGUUUGGUUCUUCUGCGUGAGGGGCAUCAGGGACACCCAGUGCGGUUUCAAGCUGUUCACCCGAGAAGCUGCUUUGAAGACCUUCUCCAUUCUGCACGUGGAGCGCUGGGCUUUCGAUGUGGAGCUCCUGUACAUCGCCCAGUGCUUAAAGAUCCCCAUUGCAGAGGUGGCGGUGAACUGGACGGAGAUUGAAGGGUCCAAGCUGGUGCCGUUCUGGAGCUGGCUGCAGAUGGGGAGGGACCUGGUGUUCAUCCGCCUGCGCUACCUAACCGGUGUCUGGAAGUUGCAGUCCCAGAAGAAAGCCGACUAGACGCAAAAUGCAGCCGUGUGCAUGGUGGCACUGUGGAUGCAGAUGCACGCCCAUCCAUUGUUACAUGCGGUUUUAAUGCUGUGUCCGACACAAUGACUGGUGUCCGUGGGGUGUGAUAGAACGUGAUGGACACGUAGUGCUAUCAAUGAAUUUUUUUUUUUUUAUUUUAUUUUAUAUUCUGAUUUUGGUCACUUGCAUUGUAGAUGCCAUGUUUCAAUUUUAUUUGGAUUUAAAGAGGUUUUCCUCACUGAAUUAACUGAGGGUAACCUUAAAACAAUUUAGUUGGAAAAAUACAGAAAAACAAAUUUAA